AGGACAGCGUUGGACCGAUGUGUCGGACAGUGUCGGAUGCAGUCCAUGUGCUGGAUGCCAUCGUCGGCUACGACAAGCUCGAUGCCGCGGCCACUCGAGCAGCAUCCAAGUACAUACCUUACGGCGGAUAUCUGCAGUUCCUGAAGAAGGAUGGGCUGAGAGGGAAGAGGAUUGGCGUCCCCAAUGUAUUAUUUCAACAAGGACUUGGAGAGAAGCAGAUGAGGGUGUACGAACAGCAGCUUGGCAGAAUGAGGAAACACGGAGCCGUGGUGAUCGAGAACCUUGACAUCGGCAUCGACAGUCAAGAUAUUGUUUCCUAUGAGUGGACUGCCAUGCUGACGGAGUUCAAGUUGAGCAUAAACGAGUACUUGGCGGACUUGUCCUACUCUCCAGUCCAUUCUCUUGCAGACAUCAUAGCCUUCAACAAGGCGCAUCCUAUAGAGGAGAGGCUAAAAGAUUUCGGGCAACACAACCUUAUCUUAGCCCAAAAUACAAAUGGCAUUGGUCAUGUUGAGAGAGCU